GCGAUGGUCUCGGUUGAGGCCGAACGCAAAGACUUCGAACGCGCCCUGGCAGACAAAAACCUGGAGCUGGAGCACGCCAGCCACAUGAAAUCCGAGUUCCUGGCGACCAUGUCCCACGAACUGCGCACCCCAUUAAACGCGGUGAUCGGCUUUUCCGAGGCGCUCAAGGAUGGGCUGGUCGGCGAAAUGAGCGACACCCAGCGCGAAUACAUCGGCGACAUUUUCACCAGCGGCCAGCACCUGUUGUCGCUGAUCAACGACAUCCUCGACCUGUCCAAGGUCGAAGCCGGGAUGAUGGACCUGGAGCUGGAGCCCGUGGCGCUGGCCGAUGUAUUGGCCAAUAGCUUGUUGAUCGUGCGCGAAAAGGCCGCGUUGCAACGCAUCCAGCUCAAGCUCGAUAGCCCGGUGGACCUCGGCACACUGGUGCUGGAUCUGCGCAAGACCAAACAGAUCGUCUACAACCUGCUGGCCAACGCGGUGAAGUUCAGCGAGCACGGCAGUUGCGUGACCCUGGCGGUUCGUGAAGCCCCUCGCGAACAGGUCGGUCUGAUUCCCGGCGACUGGCCCAGCCACGCUGAUACCUUGCAGACCGGCGCGCACCGCACCUUCCUGGAGCUGAGCGUCAGCGACACCGGUAUCGGCAUCGCGGAAGAGGACAUGGGCAAAUUGUUCAAGGCCUUCAGCCAGAUCGACAGUAGCCUGGCGCGCAAAUUCGAAGGCACCGGGCUGGGCCUGGCCAUGGUCAAGCAACUGACUGAGCUGCAUGGCGGCAGUGUCGCGGUGGCCAGUCGCGAAGGUUUGGGUACGCGCUUCGUGGUGUGGUUGCCGCUGCAUCGGACGACGGAGGCACCAUGGCCCAUAUCCUGAUCAUCGAAGACAACGAAGCCAAUA